AUAGACUUUUUGAAAAUAAAAUCUUAGAUUUUUUCUAACAAGAGUUACCAAAAAUAUUUUGGAAUUAAAUGAGCCGGCGACAUAGAAGAAUAGAGAGGGUUAAAUUGAAAAUUCAUAAAGUAGGAAAAAAUUAGGGUUAGACUCGAUCAUUCAUAGCUGCGACUAUUCUCUGCUCUUUCUACAUUUUCUCAUUUUCUCUUGGGCUACUUUUCGACUACUAACAAAUCCAACGAUGAGGGGAUUGGUGAACAAGCUCGUGUCCAGAUCUCUCUCCAUCUCCGGGAAAUGGCAGAACCAACAGCUUCGUCGUCUCAACAUCCACGAGUAUCAGGGAGCUGAAUUGAUGGGGAAAUAUGGAGUUAAUGUGCCGAAAGGAGUAGCUGCUUCUUCGUUGGAAGAAGUUAAAAAGGCUAUUCAAGAUGUUUUCCCUAAUGAAAGCGAGUUGGUUGUUAAGAGCCAGAUUUUGGCUGGUGGAAGAGGUCUUGGAACAUUCAAGAGUGGUCUUAAGGGUGGUGUUCACAUUGUUAAACGUGAUGAGGCUGAAGAGAUUGCUGGAAAGAUGCUAGGACAAGUACUUGUCACCAAGCAAACUGGUCCUCAAGGCAAAGUAGUUAGCAAGGUUUACUUGUGUGAGAAAUUGUCACUCGUCAAUGAGAUGUACUUUUCCAUUAUUCUGGACCGUAAAUCUGCUGGACCGUUGAUCAUUGCCUGUAAAAAGGGUGGUACCAGUAUUGAAGAUCUUGCUGAGAAGUUCCCUGACAUGAUCAUCAAGGUACCAAUUGAUGUAUUUGCAGGAAUCACUGAUGAAGAUGCUGCUAAGGUUGUGGAUGGUCUGGCUCCCAAAGCUGCUGACAGAAAAGAUUCGAUUGAACAAGUGAAGAAGCUAUACGAACUCUUCCGCAAGACUGACUGCACAAUGUUGGAAAUCAAUCCCCUUGCGGAGACAUCAACUAAUCAAUUGGUAGCUGCUGAUGCCAAAUUGAACUUCGAUGAUAAUGCUGCGUUCCGACAAAAAGAGGUUUUCGCCAUGCGUGAUCCAACACAGGAGGAUCCACGAGAGGUGGCUGCUGCUAAAGUUGACCUGAACUACAUCGGUUUAGAUGGAGAGAUUGGUUGCAUGGUGAAUGGUGCUGGAUUGGCCAUGGCAACCAUGGACAUCAUUAAAUUACACGGUGGAACACCCGCCAAUUUCCUUGACGUUGGUGGAAAUGCUUCUGAGCACCAGGUGGUGGAAGCGUUUAAGAUACUGACAUCGGACGAUAAAGUGAAAGCAAUCUUGGUGAACAUAUUUGGUGGGAUAAUGAAAUGUGAUGUGAUUGCUAGUGGAAUCGUGAACGCUGCAAAAGAGGUCGCAUUGAAAGUGCCAGUGGUGGUUCGUCUAGAAGGAACGAAUGUUGAGCAGGGAAAGAGAAUCCUCAAGGAAAGUGGAAUGAAACUCAUAACAGCUGAUGAUUUGGAUGAUGCAGCUGAGAAAGCGGUUAAAGCUUUAGCUCACUAAUCUCUCUAUAUAUACCAAAAGCCGGUUUGUUAAUUGUUUUGUGGUUGACGCCCAAUUUACACUUUCUUGCGGAUAUCAUUUCCUCAAACAGAUCAAUAAUGAACUGGUCUCCUUUUUUUGUGUGAUCCAUCCAAAGAGAUUCAAAUCAGAAUUCUCAAUAUCUUUUUGUAUUUAACCAACUCAUAUGGUUGAUACUAGGGUUUCAAGUUUAUCUCAUACGUACUGUUCCUAUCAUGAAUAAAAAUCGUUUUUGUGGGAAGCCACACUAUAGCUGUCACUGAAACAACAAAAUUAAUCCCUCUCUCUACAAAAG